GUGCGCAUGCGUGGAAGGGGAUAGGGCUGGCAGACCUCCGUACCGAUUCCCGAUUCUCGGUCCCGGAUCUUCCCCUCAGCCCCGAGUGACCCGUCGGGAUGUUGGAACAGGGAUUCGGGAUUGUUAAUGUGGGGUUAUUAGUGCGGCCUGGGAGAUCCGGACAGUGAGAGCCGCCCCUCGCUCCCGAAAGGCGCCAGGCCACGCUGCCCCAUCCCUUGACCUCGCCGCAGACACGGAGUGGGGUGUGGGGUCUUUCCCUCAGUGCAGAGGCCAUGAAGAUUAACCAGGACACGGUGCUGCGAGGGAAGAAGGUGACGCUGGUGCCCUACACUGCUGCACACGUGCCCCGGUACCACGAGUGGAUGCAGUCGGAGGAGCUGCAGAGACUGACAGCCUCGGAGCCCCUCAGCCUGGAGCAAGAGUACGAAAUGCAGCACAGCUGGCGGGAUGACGCUGACAAGUGCACCUUCAUUGUGCUGGACUCAGGGCGCUGGCCUGGGCAGGCAGAGGAGAACUCCAUGGUGGGGGAUGUGAAUCUCUUCCUUACCAACACUGAGGACCCGACUCUGGGCGAGAUUGAAAUCAUGAUUGCAGAGCCCAGCUGCCGUGGUAGAGGGUUUGGCAAGGAGGCAACUCUGCUGAUGAUGGCCUAUGGAGUGAAAAACCUGGGGAUCACCAAGUUUGAGGCUAAGAUUGGUCAGGAAAACGAAGCCAGUAUCUGCAUGUUCAAAAAGCUUCACUUUAAGGAGGUUGCUGUGAACAGCAUUUUCCAGGAGGUGACGCUGAGGCUGGAUGUCAGUGACCAGGAGAGACGGUGGCUCCUGGAGCAGACAAACCACGUGGAGGAGAAGAGCUACGCUGAGCUGAAGCAGCCAGCUGGGGCGCUGGACAGCUGACAGACACCUCCAGACACCAGCUGGGCUUCCAGGGAGAAGUUGGACCUUGUUUCAAGGUCUGGGUGUGGAGGACACCCGUGAGCCAACACUGGAACUUUUCAUCUGUCUCCUUCAGCUGCUUUGUCAUCUUGUCAACUUAGCACUUUGCUCUGCCAGCCAGGAUUACUGCUUGAAACUUGGACCUGGGGAUCAGAUGCUAACUCACAGGUUUGGCUAGGAAUGACUCUCAUUUUGAUAUGCUGUUCCAACAGAGCCUAAAAUCGCCAGCAGUUGAUUCCAGGACAAGCAGAAACUUCUCUCACCGUUCUUAAAUCAGGAUUCAUCAGUGAGGAGGUUUCAUAUACUGGCAGCUCAGUCUUUUUUACUCUUCAAUAAAAAAAAAAUCACAAAGAUCUGAGGAGCCUGAGCACUACAUGGGGUUCAACUGGUCUCUUUGGCAGCUCGAGGAAUGGUUUAGAAGUUGUAAAGGACAGCAGACACUCUUUAAAGCCAGUUUCCUGGGUCCUGGUAGGUUGCAGGGGGGCACUGCUGGCUCCUGGCAGGGAGAAGCCCAGAUGUGGGUGAGCACAAAGGGCAAGUUAAUAUGAUGGAAAUUGUUGAUACUGGCUAAUCAAGACUAGAGCUGAGCCCCAGCACGACGAGGGGCCUGAGAGCUGCAGGAGGCUUCUAAGACAAACUCCCUUCAGCUUCAGGGCUGUGCUUCAGAUCUCAAAGCCUAAGGCCAGCAGUGAUGUUGCACUUCAUUUUCCUUGGCUACUUUGAUGAAAGCAAGGAGAGCAUGCUGAAAGGGGAUAGCUCCCUUCUUCCACCAGCUCAGGACUUACUCUUCUGAGCCUGGAGGCUUCAUUUGCUGCUCUCCACUAAGAUAAAGAUGGGGGAAAUACCACUUACUGAGGGGCAGAUAUAUUUAGGGCAGGAGUUAUCCAGCAUCUGCUGCAGUAGAUCUGAGAUCCAUGGAUGAAAAAGAGGCACUUGCCUGACUCUCACUGUACAAACUUGCCUGUGUAGUUACUCAGCCUGACCUGUCCUGCCCUACACAGGCUGUCCACAGCAGGGAAGCUGCUAAGAGGAGAGGACAGAAGGUAAGAAGGAUAACUGUUGCUCCUGUGUGUUUUCUUACUGUAACAGCAGCUGCAAUGGCUAAUCCUAGACCACAAAUUAUCUGUUUCAGUGAUGGAGGAUCAGGUAAUAACUUUCAGAUUUGCCCUGGGAUGUUUUGGAGAUUGGCAGUCUGUGGAAUUUUUAGUGUUGCUGUGCCUGUAUUUUUAGGGCCUGGGGGCUUUAGCUUUCCAAUUUUAGCUAAUUUAAAUACAUGACUCCUGUGACUAAUAUUAAAGCCAAGGUUGGGAACAGUGUAUCUUGGCAUUUUAAACAAGUAUUUAGUGUAGAUUUAGUUGUAGUGAAAGCUUUGUGUGGUAAUAAAGUGAAGAGCAGCUCUACUUCCCGUUGGGAUUACCAUGA